ACAACAAACAAGAAGAUUGAUAUGUCCAGUCAAUAUGAAAGGAUCACAUUGGAUACUUAUAGUAAUUGACCUUGGAAAAAGACUUGUCAAGUGCCUUGACCCAUUGGAAUAUAAAGAACACAAUCAAAUAUUAGAUAAUAUAUGUAAAGCCAUUGAAGAAACAUAUAUGACGUGUUAUGGCAAGAAGAGAAAUAUUAGUAUGUGGAAAAGGUUCUCAAAUGAAAAUCGAACUCUACAAUGUAACAUGGUUGACUGUGGUGUCUUUGUAUGCAAGUAUUCUGAGGCUAUAAUCCACAGUAAAGAUUUAGUAUUUGAUAAUGACUCGAUGUAUCUCAGAACAUGGCUAGUAAAAGAAUUAAUAAAUUGUGAUACUAUAAGCCAGUACCAAUGGAAGAUUCCAAACAUAAAUUGGAUUACAAUGACAAAUGAACUUGCAGUUAUUUUAAAUGAGGAAAAGAUUAAAAGUUUUCAUGUGAAAGAAUUUAAGGAAAAUGGAAGUUAUGUUGAUGAUGAUGUGUGUAAUUCAGAUUUAACAAGUGCAGAUGAAGAAGACUACAGUGAAUUAGCAAUCAUUGCCCCAACUUUCCCAGGAGAAGAAGCUGAAGAUAAUGAUGAUUUCUCUAUUGUGUCUAGAGAGAAAAGUUACAUCGAUGUAGCUACUAAUUUUUUUAAAGUAUCACACCCCCCUAUUAGAAUUGGCUCUUUACUGGUUAUAAACUAUUUCCAAGCUUUGAAAUCUAAUGAGGGUAUCUUCAUUGAAAUAAUUAAAAGCCCUCGAUGUAGUAGCUUUUAUCAUUCAAAUAUCCUACACAAGACAAAGCACAUGCCUGACACUAUAUGGCCAUUGUCUGAUGAUGUCAUUUCACAGCAGAUAUUCAUGUAUUUGGAGGAAUUGACAGCGCUACAUUGCCCUCAUGGUAAUUUAAGAAAGGCAAUUGCGGUACAUUUGCUAUGGCCAGAGGCAAUGAUAACAUACAUUUCCAUGGAUAAAAAAAUUUCUAAAGAUGAUGCUACAAUGUUAUAUAAAGACGAAUUAGGCUACAUACCGCCUUUAGCUUUUGAUGCCAAGUUUCCAACACACCCUGCGGAACUAUACGCGUCGACUCCGUUUACGUCUGUGUACUUUCCGUAUCACUCGUUCCGCAUUCUUCGUAGCGUUCCGCACGUUCCGCAUUUUAGUAACGACCGACCAGAGGAGGGGAUGGGUAUAAAGUUCGGACCGGACCGGACUGCCGGACCAAAUAUACGGA